AUGCAGAACGAAUCUGAAAUCUUUUUACCUUCAAGACGAGACAAUCUAAAACAACGACGAAUUCAUCAUGCUCCUUGGUUGUCAUCUUAUUUAUUCAAUCUAUUUGAACAAACAUCUAUCUAUGGUUGUUUUCUAUUCUUAAUUUUUUCAAUUGCCAUAGUUGCUGGUACACUCACAACAUAUGAUGAACAUCAUAAAGCGAGUGUACCGAUAUUAAUUAAUAUAGAGAUAAUAUUAUUUAUCUAUUGUUUAAUUGAAUUUAUUCUACGAAUUUAUGGAUCUGAAUCAAGAAUACGUUAUCAUGGUUUUAAAGGCAAAGUUCGAUUUUUUUAUGAACAUUAUCUUAUUAUUGAUUUUAUUUUAUUAAUUUCAUAUGGGAUUAUAUUUUUAUUAUAUUUUAUUAAAUUUUAUAAUUAUUCAUCAAUUGUUUUUUUACAUGGUCUGCGAUUUCUUCAAUUAUUUCGAUUUAUUCCAUUAGAUCGUUAUAUUAAAUCAAUACCUUUAAUUAGUCUUAUAAUAUGGCAAUAUCGUCGAAUUCUUCUAGUAGCUGUCUAUUCGUGUUUUUUACUUCUUCUACCAACAGCUUAUUUUUUAUGGAUUACAGAACGAUUUAUUGAAACAGAUGGAAAAUUUUUUUUUCAAACAUAUACAGAUUCACUAUGGUUUACUAUCAAUUCAAUGGCUACAAUUGGUUAUGGUGAAACUUGGCCUCGAACAUUUAUUGGUAUUAAUAUAUUUAUAUAUCAUUAUGUGAAUAAUUUUUGUUUUUUAUUCAAAGGUCGUACUCUUACAGCAAGUUUAUGUUGUAUAGGUCUUAUACUUUGGACACUUCCUGCUGGUAUUAUUUCAACUGGUUUGACAUCAAUUGAUGAAAAACGUCGUAAAUCUAAACGUCUUCUUCGACCUGCCGCACGACUAAUACUUGCUUGGUGGCGUUUACAACAUCUCAAAAAUAAAUCUCGAACUACAUUUGGUAAAAAUUAUGCGAAUGAAAAAUGCAAACAAUUUAUUGCUCGUCUUCUCUAUACUCGACUUUGUCGAGAAUUUCGACGUUGUCGAUAUCAUACUAAUGAUGGAUAUGAUGUUCAAAUGAGAAUUGAUAUUGAUCGAAUUUUGCAAUGUUUACAAAUGAUUGAAGAAAAAUUGAAUAAUAUCGAUCAAAAAAUGUUAGAUUGA